AUGGAGUUAAUACCAGGGUCGUACAAGAAGUCCAAGUCGAGAAAAUCGAAGAAAUCAAAAAAAUCGAAAAAAAAGAUUUCAAAAUCCCAACUCGAUUCCUCACAUCAUUCUGAGUCAGAAGGCUUUGAUGAUGAUGUAAUUACUUUUGAACCUAGAGGGGAAGUUGAUAGUGAUGAUCAAAUGGAUGAUGAUCGAGAUUUGAAUAUAGAUCGGUCGAUUUCUAAGACUAAUGUUGAUCAAAAUCGGAUGAUCGCGGAAUCAUCUGGUACACAACCUAAUGUUGAUCAUUCUCUUAUGGAAAUUAUUCCGGUCACAAUAACGCCAUUGAUAAUUGAUGUUACACCUCAACCGCAGCAAGUAACACAACAAGAAACAACAAUGACGAAUUUGACAAAAUCUUCAAAUAAAAAAAAGAAGUCAAAUAAAACUUUAAUUCAAAAUGUAAUUACUGGUCAUACACCUACCGAUGAUGAUGCAUCGCGAGUCAGAGACAUUUUGGUUUAUGACGUUCUG